AUGUUCCCCGUGAGGUCGCCAUAUUCCGAGGAAAACGAUGAUGAGAUAGCGUCAAAUUUGAUCCCCAGGACUGAACGCCCACCAAUGUCUGUCCAAUUCAUUGACAAUGAUCUGGCCGACUUGCACGCUGCACUCAGGAAUCCUCUGUCCACUUUUGACUCUCUUUCAGGAAGAUACGUAGAGCUUUCACUAAGUGCCGAGCUCGCAAGAAUGGAGACAAUAAUGUCUCCUUCCACAGACGAGAUAAUAGGGGGUGGCAGUGAUUCGACACAGAUUCAGGAGUUUGUUCCAACUGUCACACCGAUGGCGUUCUGGGAAAGAAUUUUUCAAGUCUCUCUCGAACGAUUCAACAGCCUUUGGCCUGACGAGCCGCACGACCGUGUGAAGUCGGGGUGGAACUAUAGUAUCCGCAAAAGUUCGACUUGGGAAGAUGUUUACGCCCAGCUUCAGAAAGCCAGAGAAUUUUACGAUGGGGACACGAAAGGUCUUUGGGGCCGAUACGCAAAGUCUUACACGAAAAAGAGGCGCUGGUUCAUCGACCACACUACUCCUAUAGCUCGACAAGGCGUGAAGUUUGUACCCCAAAUAGACUACGCAACUCCUGUCGUAGCAGCAGUCCAGGUUCUUGUUGAUGCAUUCGAAACGACUUCACGCGUGCGAGGAACGAUGACCGCAGGACUCGACAGAGACGACCUUGAAAAGAAAUUCAGCGGCAUCGAAGUCUUUCUCGCCACCUUUCCGAAAGACUUAGCCAUCAAAGAAGCCUCCGUACAGCUGAUUGCUGCCACGCUUAAGGCUAUCGAAGACGUGAUCGGGUUUUUCCUGGAGAGCAACGCAAAAAAAGCAAUGUCUGCAACGUUGCGCGGGAAAGAUUACCAAAAGAAACCUCUCGAAAGUAUUGAACAGAUUCGAAUUCGUAGCGAAGAGCUUCUUCAGGCUGCUCAGAAGUCACACAUUGCGGAGACUAAGCAGAUGCUCGAUGUGGUCCUGAAAGAGAAGCUAGACAAAAGGGAAUGCAGUGAUGCUUUCCUUCGAAACACACUUAUGGACUUUCUAAAUGAGGCACAGGAACAGAAGCGGAGGGAGCUCGAUGAAAAGGAGAGGGAGUUGGAGGAGAAACGAAAGCUCACUGAAAAUAUUACUCAUCUCAAGGGCAGUCUAUUCAGACUGACAGAACAGGUCGAAAGACUCAAGGGAACGACACCUACUCCCAGCCCGGCACCCCUAUUCACAAGUCCGACGACCUUUUCACUCACUAUGCCAGUAUCCCCGAUGAAUUUAUCUGGCCCAAAUCCACCGACUUCAUUUCCCCAUGGAUCUCAAGGAAUCAUGUACCCACCAAAUGUUCCUUGGGCGGCCUCACCACGGCACUCAGACGACCAGCAGCCGCUACCAUUUGCAGCCAAUUCGCAAAGAAAUAUCCCUAUACGAUUCGACAUCGUUGCCUUGGAAUUACUCCUUAGAAAUUUCGAGCUGAUCGACGAAGUCGAUCUUAAUGCUAUCCUCGAAGAUGAGGAGCAGUCCAUCGCGUUUAGGGAGAAACGCAAAGCCGACCUCGUCGUUUCUACCAAGCAAUUCCAUGACUGGAUGGUCAGCAACAAAUCCAGCGAGCUGCUCAUUCAUGGGGAGUUCCGAAGGUCUCGAUCAGCCUCUGAGCCUGUGUCAGCCCUGUCAGUUUUCUGUGCUACCCUCACGCAGACCUUCCGGAAAUCAGGUCAUGAACAGAUUGCCCUAGUCUUCUUUUGCGGCUGUCAUACAGAGCGAGAUGAUCAACAUCGAGGACCUGCCGUGAUGAUAUGCAGCUUCAUCGCACAAUUGGCGAAAUCCUGGCCAUUCGACGUCACGACACUACAGAACAACCAGUUGAAUGUUUACAGCCAGGAAGAAGUCGAGAGAAUGGUCAAAGAUGAGAAUUUGCCAAAGCUUUGUGACCUUUUUCGAUUCCUGGUUAUACUGCUUCCCGACUCAGCCACCUUAAUAUGCAUCAUAGAUGGUAUAUUGCACUAUGAGACGGACGAGCUUGAGGAAGGCUUGCUGAAAGUUCUUGGAUUUCUUUUAAAUCUAGCUAGGAACGGCGACACGGAUGCGACUGUCAAAGUUUUGGCUAGUAGCCCCACCACGACCGACCUGGUGCAAACUCGAUUUAAGGAUGAUGACUCCUGUUUCAUUUCACUUACUGAAAUUCGUGAUCUUGGGCAGGGCUUUGGUUCAGAGCAUUUGGAAGACUCUUCUGACGAUCAUAUCUCCGGCGGUUCAGAGGAAUCUGAGGACUCUGAUGACUAG